AUCGGAAUAGGAUCAGAUUUUGAAAUAUUGCUGGUCAAUCUUAAGGAGAAUGCAGUUGUCACUACGAUUUACUUCUCUUUGGUUGUUUGCUGCUUUGCUGGCGGUUGAGGUUCUAACGGGAGACUCGGAUGAAGCAACAUCUAUUGUAAUCAAGCUAAAAGAAGGAGGGACACCAGAGGACGUUAACACAAUUUUGCAGCGACACCCUCAGUAUGUCAUGGAAAAACAGUUUGAACUAGCUGGACAAGUGUAUUAUCAAUUAAAAAUUGAUAACUCAAAGAUUUUACGUCCGCUCCCUGUGCUAAGAUUGGGUCUAACAGAAGGUAGCACUAAUCCUGCUGAAAUUGGAGAAGAAGAACAGGUUGAAUUCUCAGAGGUACAAACGAAGAAGACAUUUCACCUCUACAAGGCUAAACUCCUCACAGAUCCUGAAUUGAGUGAACUUUGGCAUCUGAAUAAUGACUUGAAAUACUCUAUGAAUAUUGCCGAGGUUUGGGCUGAUGGUUAUACGGGAGCUGGUGUUACUGUUGCUAUAGUGGACACAUUUAUACAGACAAAUCAUACAGAUCUCGCUAAUAUGGAUGUAGAUAAUUCUUACGACUUUUAUGAUGACGACAGUGAUCCAAAUCCUGAUGACCCAACAAUAAGUCACGGAACAAUGGUUGCCGGAAUAGUAGGAGCAACGUAUGGAAAUGAUUUUUGUGCUGUUGGUGUGGCAUAUAAUGCUACACUUGUAGCUAUUGGUCUGCUUGGGGGAACUCAGGAUAGUAGCGACUUGAGUGAUAUGCAAGUUGGAAGAGCUUUGGGACAUUACUCAUCUGAUGUGUCUAUUUAUGUUAAUAGCUGGGGACCAGACACAUCUACUGACUUCUAUACUGUUGGUUCAUUGGCUAAAUCUGCUUUAGUAUCUUUGGCAACAAACGGUAGACAAGGCAAUGGAAGCAUUUUUGUAUUCGCUGCUGGAAAUGGAGGAAGUGAUUCUAACGCAAAUGCCUAUCUACAAAGUAGUAUAUAUGCUAUCUCUGUGGCCAGCGUUGAAUUCGACACAGUGUCACCGUCUGCUGGAUUUGGCGCUAACAUAAUGACGUCUGCAUACGGUGGUGGGGUUUACUAUAAAUCAUUGAAGUCAACAACUCCCUAUGAUGAAUGUUCCGGAAAUGCUGGGGUUGGAUCGUCAUUUGCGGCCCCUGUAGCAGCAGGCGUUAUAGCUUUAAUGUUAGAGGCAAACAACGGAUUAACAUGGCGUGACGUUCAACAUAUCAUCGUCCGAGGAUCCCGGGCACGUGGUUUUAAAGACGAGGAUACUAAAUGGCGACGCAAUAAAAGUGGAUAUUUGUUUAAUCGUAAAAUGGGAUUCGGUUUACUGGAUGCCAAAGAAGUGGUUGGUUUGGCUAAAAAAUGGAAAACAGUUCCGGAACAAGAAUCGUGCACAGUCUUAGGGCCGGUUGCUGUUAACAUGAAUGUCACAAAUGAAGCAUUUGGGAAAUCUCUCAUCAGGGUAGGUCAAAAAGAUUGUGGUAUGAAGUUUCUAGAGCAUGUUCUGGUCACCGUGAAUGUACGCUAUUCAGCAUUCAGAGGUACAGUAGAGCUUGAGUUGAUAUCGCCAGGCGGAACCAGGAUACAGGUCCAAAAUCAAAGAUAUAAUGAUGCUGUUGCAUCCCCGGAGGAGGGUUCAUUCGGAUACACCUACAAAGUUUUGCAUCUUUGGGGUGAGUCUCCCCAAGGACAAUGGAGACUUAUGUAUAAAUCUGUAAACCCGUAUGUUGAAGUUGGACUAGACUCUUGGGCAUUGGAGCUUUAUGGAACCAGAAAAAGACCUGGACCAAAAUAGUCAUUACGUAAUUACGUUAAGGCCAUUUUGAAUUAAUUUUGUACAAAUACCGAGAUAUCUUCAAGAGAGAAAAAAAAAGUUCAUUGCUGGAGAAGACUUUGCAAAUAAAGUCCAUUUUAACAAACAAUUUUGUUGUCCCAAAUUUUUAUAUUGGACUCAGUAAAUAAAAAGAGUACACAUG